CCCAGGCUCCGCGCGUCCCCGGGCCCCGACCCCACAGUGCCGGAUCCCGGGCCCCGGGCCCUGCCCCGUGGCCUCCCCUGGCCCCCCUAGCCCUGUCCCCUACCCCUCCCCCCCCCUCGGGGCCCCGCGGCCUCCCCUGCCCUGGGCCGCCCUUGGUCCGGGCCCUCACCGAGCCCAGCAAUGACCUCCCAAAGAUGGUUCCACCCGCACAUCACGGGGCUGCAGGCUGAGCAGCUGCUGAUGACGCGGGGAGUGUGCGGCUCCUUCCUGGUGCGGCCCAGCUCCAGCAACCCGGGCGACUUCACCCUGUCCGUGCGGCAGAGGGACGAGGUGCGGCACAUCAAGAUCCAGAACACGGGCGACUACUACGACCUGUACGGGGGCGAGAAGUUCGCGACGCUCGCGGAGCUCGUACAGUUCUACACGGAGAACCAGGGCCAGCUGCGAGAGCGCGACGGCGACGUCAUCGAGCUGCGCUACCCCCUCAACUGCUCCGACCUGGCCAACGAGCGCUGCGGGGGUCACGGCGUCAAGAGGUGGUUCCACGGCCACAUCUCCGGCAAGGACGCUGAGCGGCUGCUCGCCGAGAAGGGCAAGGGCGGCAGCUUCCUGGUGCGCGAGAGCCAGAGCAAGCCGGGCGACUUCGUGCUGUCGGUGCGCACGGGCGAGGAGCGCGUGGAGAACAACGAAGUGAAGCCCAAGGUGACGCACAUGAUGAUCCGCUGCCUGGAGGGAAAAUACGACGUCGGGGUAGAGGAGAAGUUUGAGUCGCUCGCUGACCUCGUGGAGCACUUCCGCAAGAACCCCGUGGUGGAGACGUCUGGCACCGUCAUCCACCUCAAGCAGCCGCUGUACGCGACGCGCAUCAACGCGGCCAGCAUUGACCACCGCGUGCGCGAGCUCAGCAAGACGCCCGCCGACGCCGACAAGCAGAAGCAGGGCUUCUGGGAGGAGUUUGAGACGCUGCAGCAGCAGGAGUGCAAGCUGUUGUACAGCCGCAAGGAGGGACAGCGCCCAGAGAACAAGGCCAAGAACCGCUACCGCAACAUCCUGCCCUUUGACCACACGCGGGUGAUCCUGCGGGAGGUGGACCUCUCCGUGCCGGGCUCCGACUACAUCAACGCCAACUUCAUUGUGGCGGACAUUUCUGACGGUCGCGGGCCGAGCACCGCCCCGCGCCGUUACAUCGCCACGCAGGGCUGCCUGCAGAGCACCGUGGCUGACCUGUGGAGCAUGGUCCUGCAGGAGGACUCCCGCAUCGUCGUCAUGGUGACCAAGGAGAUGGAGAGAGGCAAGAACAAGUGUGCGCACUACUGGCCAGACAAGGGCGGCGCGCAGGAGUUUGGGGGCUUGUGCGUGCGCUCUGUGGACGAGAUCCAGGCCUACGACUACGUGGUGCGGGAGCUGGACCUGUAUCGCGUCGACGCGCCAGAGGACGUGCGCCGCGUGUGGCAGUACCAGUACCUGGCGUGGCCGGACCACGGCGUGCCGGGGGAGCCCGGGGGGGUGCUCGGCUUCCUCGAGGAGGUCAACAAGCGGCAGGAGGGGCUGCCCCUCGCCGGGCCCGUCGUCGUGCACUGCAGCACCGGCAUUGGGCGAACAGGAACCGUCAUCGUCAUCGACAUCCUCCUGGGCAUCAUCAGGCAAAAAGGCCUCGACUGCGAGAUUGACAUCCCCAAGACGAUCCAGAUGGUGCGGAGCCAGCGCUCGGGCAUGGUGCAGACGGAGGCGCAGUACAAGUUUGUGUACCGUGCCGUGCAGCACUACAUCGAAACGCUGCAGAAGCGCAUGCUGGAGGAGCAGUGGAGUAAAAUCAAGGGGCGUGAGUACACGAACAUCAAGUACACGACGGCCGACCCGCUCAGCCCGCUGCCCCACACGCCCGUGCACACCUACACCGAGUGUCAGGAAGGCUUGUUCCGAAGGCCCUCAGACUGUUGACACCACGAUGGAUUCCGGGGUGGGGUCUGACCCCGACGCCCAAAAGUCAAGCCGGGACAGCGAGCUCCCACCACGUCUCGGGUAGCGGCAGACUUAGUGUUUAAAGGUCAGAGAAACAUGGUCAGUUGACAAUAGACUCCACGCAGAGGAGAGCGCGUGAAGUUCCCGGCGACUGGACGAGAAGAUAUAGUGAAUCACACAUGCACACACAAACACACCUCACCUGUACACACACCUAGCGGUGGUGCAAAUCAGCUGCAGCCACCUCCUGUUCGCUGUUGUUUGGGUUUUUGCAUUUCUAUGUGGGGAAGUUGGGUCAAUGAAUGAGUGGAUAGAUGGGUGACAAAAUGAGGUUGGGGCACAAGUGUGUGGGUGUGAGAUGGUGAGCGGGCGAGCGAGGAAAUGCUCCCUAGGCCCGUCAAGGUGGCUGCAGCUCGGCGCGUAACGAUGCAGCGAUUUGCCAAUUUCAUUAACAUUCAACGCUCAUGACACCGUAAUCCAAUCAUGCUCCAUCGCAAUCGAUGAUUUUCAACUCGUAUAUGUUGUACGUAAGCGGUUCUCGGCAGUUGAAAUCGUGCCUCGUUAAAACGUGAUACGGACAUCUCACAACCACUGGGCUCUGGUGAGGGGGAGCCGCAAGUAUUAGAAUUCCUUCGCGGGCGUUUUAAACGGACGUUUGUGUUAUUUUGUAUUUUACGCUGUGUCGAGAGCCUGCGUCGUGCAGAGCCCCACAUUCGCAUCGUUCAAGCUGUGAUGGUAGAGAGCGUGCACGCAUGAGGAGGAGGCCUUCUUGCACCCGCCACGGCAGAGAAAGCGCAAGAGCCACACACGCUUUAAAGAGAGCCAGCCAUGUCCGGGCAAGAGCAACACACACUUGAGGUGGCGGGAGCCACAUGCGCUUUAAAGAGAGCCAGCCAUGGCCGGGUGGGAGCCACAGUUUAAAGAGAGCCAGCCACCUCAGGAUUGGUGUGACACACACACACAUGUACUCGCACGAAUACACACAACAGCUGCCAUUCGCCACUAAGUGGCGGCGACAUCACCACAGCACUUGUGCCAGGCUGAGUGCACUUUGAGGUCACAAGAAGUGGAGAAGGCUCAGCUGCUGGAAGGUCUCAGGACAGACCCCAGGUGCCAUGGGUUGACUGAGAUGACAGAUGCACCACCUGUGCACCCCAUAGUGCCAACUGCUAAAUUUGAGCAGCUCUGCUCGUUGUGAGCGUCGCUCCACUGCCUAGCAUCCCAAUAGCCUUCAAAGCAGAGGCCAUCUUCACACUGCUGGUGUCAACAAGUGCCACAUCUUCCCGUACGUACCACCGGUCCAUCUCGUCAAGCAUGUACCAUGCCCAUUAACCUUCGAUCCGGCCAAACAAAAGCUGCUUUGGCAAUGUGAAGUACAUGACCCAGCCAUUUACAUGGUCAAAAUAGAUGUUAAAUAAUAUAUGGGCCAGAGGAGAUUUCACACCCGAAGGUGAUUAGCUUGAAAAAUAGCCCAACGCCCAAGCUUAUUGAUAGUAUCAUAGGCAGCAGCACACUAAUAUGCCCUCGCAUGCCAUUAUACACACAAAACCGAGUUACACAGUACAGUACUGUCAUUCACAAACACAGACCCCCCCCCCCCCCCCGUAUAGCCUUUUAACAGACUGUUGAGGCAAGCGCUGUUUGCGAGCACCUAUGAAGACUGGCACAGCACAAGAGGCGGUGGACAGCAUUUGAGGCCGAGUCGACAUAGGGGAUGCCCAGAACCAGUUCAGAUAAUCACUACAGGUAUUGGCCAUGAGUGGGAAUCAAACUCGGGCCUGCCAGGUUCAUACCGGAGUGCACUAUCCACUGUGCCACUACUCCCCACGCACACGCCACACUUGCAGUCAGGGCCAAUGUGUCUUAAGUUUGUUCUCCUUUGCGGGCACCUCUGAUUAGCACAGUUGGCUAUGUACGGUGCGAAAGAACUUCAACAUACAUACGAGCAACGUGGCUACCAACCAAUCAACCGACACUGACGCCACAGGCUUGGGGGGGGGGAGGAGCCAGAGGGGAGCUGCCACACCUGGGUGAGCCAGGACAAGUCUUGCCUGUGCUCGACCUUGCAGCAGCCCCUGCGCCUGCCAGGUGCUCGCAACCUCCCGGCGAUCUUUGGCGGCAGCGUCUCUUGCGUGAAGCUAUGGUACAGAAUUGUCACGCGUACACAACACAUGAGUAACCAACGUUAGUUCUUCGAAGCGGAUAUUAAAUUGCAACAAAUAUAUAAACCGCGAAGGAUUUUUUUUCUAUCGUCGCGGUUGUGCUGUGCUCGGGUUUCCGCUCGUGUCGUCGUUUCGAGAGCUCGACGUCCGACGUUUCGCAACCGCGCGCCCGGGGGGGGGGGGAGCUGCUUCGUUCCGAGUUCCCGAAGAAGCUCAUCCUCUCGGUACGUGGAGCUAAACGUCGGACAUCGUCGCGCCGAACGACAACGCAAUCGUCAAGUUACCCGAACGCGCAUUGGAAAGCUGUAUUGCAAAAAAAAAACGGUUUAGAAGUGCUGCCCACAGGCUGUGAAGUUAUUUGUUGGGCACCGGUUAAGGGAUUGGGUGGGGGGGUGGGACUGGGUGGGGGGGGUGCUGGGGGUGCGACGCGACGGGAGACGAGGAGGGGUCUGCGCUACAUCCCGUGCCUAAGCAAAGCGAAAUGCAACUCCCAGACAUGUAUUUUAUAAAUUAAUAAAGUUUUAAAACCGCCG